AUGUAUAAGGGUAUCUAUGAAAUGGGAUUUGAAAAUCCCUCACCAAUCUAAGAGGAAACCAUCCCACUUGCUCUUGAAAAUAAAAAUGUAAUUGCUAGAGCCAAAAAUGGUACAGGUAAAACUGCAUCAUACUCCAUUCCAAUCAUUCAAAAGAUCGACAGCACAAAGAACUAGAUUCAAGCCUUAGUUCUAGUUCCCACUAGAGAACUUGCCAUGCAGACUUCCCUUGUCAUUAAGGAAUUAGGAAAACAUAAGAAGAUAGAGUCGAUGGUAUCUACAGGAGGAACAUCGGUGAAAGAAGACAUCUAUCGUCUUUAUCAGACAGUUCAUGUCAUCGUCGGUACUCCAGGUAGAAUUUUAGAUCUAGCUUCAAAGGGAGUAGCAAAUUUGGAGAACUGCAAUAUGCUCAUUCUUGAUGAAGUUGAUAAAUUAUUGUCUGUGGAUUUCAAAACUAUUGUUGCAAGAAUCAUUGAGAUUAUGCCAAAAACCAAGUAGAUCAUGCUCUUCUCUGCCACCUAUCCAAUUGAAAUCAAGGAAUUCCAAGAAAAGUACAUUCAAGAAGCUAAUUUUAUCAAUCUUAUGGAAGAACUCACUCUAAAGGGAGUUACCCAAUAUUAUGCCUAUUUAGAAGAAAGAGAGAAACUACAUUGCUUGAAUACUUUGUUCUCGAAACUAGAUAUUAACCAAGCCAUUAUUUUCUGCAACUCUGCCAAGAGAGUAGAAUUGCUAGCUAAGAAAAUCUCACAACUUGGCUACUCCUGCUUCUACAUCCAUUCUAAGAUGCAAUAGAGUGAUAGAAAUAGAAUAUAUCACGACUUCAAGAAUGGAGAGACCAGAUGCUUAGUGAGCACAGAUCUUUUCACCAGAGGUAUAGAUAUCAUGUCGGUAAACGUUGUUAUCAACUUCGAUUUCCCUAAGAACACUGAGACAUAUCUCCACAGAAUUGGUAGAUCUGGCAGAUUCGGUCAUCUUGGUUUAGCCAUAAACUUUAUCACCGAGGACAACAAGAGCGAUCUAUUCACUAUUGAAGAUGAGUUGAACACUAAGAUCAACCCCAUUCCUUAGGACAUUGAUAAAAAUCUCUACACUGUCUGA